AUGGCUGCGGUACAAAUUGUCCCUGAUAGUACACUCUCAGUCUCCCCCAGCGAUGAGAGACACCCUACACCUAUUCCAGAAGACCAAGGAUCCGAAGAUGACACUCCGCCAUUACAUGCUGUCAACGUUGCCCUGCGAUGGAACGGGUCCAAGACUAUGAUAUGGAGGGUUUUGGCCACAUUCUGGUGUGCAUUUGUGAUGGGCUCUAAUGAUGCUGCAUAUGGAUCUAUCAUUCCCUACCUCGAGCUUUCCUACCACAAGAACUACACGGUCAUUUCCCUAGUGUUCCUAUCCCCAUUCUUAGGCUACACUGUAUCCGCCAUCCUAAGUAACCUGAUUCACCAACGUCUCGGUCGUCGAGGAGUGGCAUUUAUCGGCCCGGCAUGUCAUUUACUCGCCUUUGCGGUCAUAUCGACGAACCCCCCAUUCCCGGUGUUGGUGAUCAUGUAUAUCUUCGUUGGUCUGGGGAGUGGGAUUCAGAACGCGGGGUGGAAUGUGUGGAUUAGCAGUCUGGCCAAUUCUCAUGAAGUACUCGGGUGUUUCCAUGGGUUCUAUGGUGUGGGUGCUACAGUUAGUCCUCUUGUUGCGACAACUUUGAUCACUCAAGUGGGCUGGGAGUGGAAUACAUUCUAUUAUCUGCUGACUGGAGCCGCUGCCCUCGAGCUCAUCAACGCCACCGCCGCUUUCUGGACGGAAACCGGCUCCAAGUAUCAACAGGAUCAUCCAUCGGCCCCCGGUAGAGAGGGGGUCAACCAGACCAGACUAUCUCUCACAUACAGGGUCACCUGGAUAUGCGCCAUCUUCCUCUUCCUCUACGGUGGCUGCGAAGUCGCCAUCGGCGGAUGGAUCGUCGUGUUCAUGACAAGCGUCCGCCAUGGCAGCCCCUUUGCAUCCGGUAUGGCCGAAACAGGUUUCUGGCUCGGCGUCACGGUAGGCCGCUUCGUGUUGGGAUUUGUCUCGCCGCGGAUUGGCGAGAAACUGUCCAUUAUCGUGUACAUUGUUCUUGCCAUCGCGUUGGAACUGAUCUUCUGGCUUGUGCCUGAUUUUAUUGUUUCGGCUGUAGCGGUUGCACUGGUUGGGUUCUUCCUGGGGACCAUUUUUCCGGGCGUUGUGGUUGUUGCAACUAGGAUGUUGCCGAAGCAUUUGCACGUCGCGGCUAUUGGGUUUGCAGCUGCGUUCUCGAUGGGUGGAGGAGCCGUCUUUCCUUUCAUGAUUGGUGCUAUUGCGCAGGCUAAGGGUGUGUCUGUGCUGCAGCCCAUUCUGUUAGCGAUGUUGGCUGUGGCUCUGAUGAUUUGGGCAACACUGCUGCGGGCCCCAUCGCAACAGUCGCAGCAUCAAGUUUGA